CAGUUCUGAUGUUCAUUUAUUCAUGUACAAGUUUAUAUGUGUCUGAAGUUUCUUGUUCGUGGAUUGAGUAUUGCUUAUGGUUUCGAAUAUAUAGUUUUUAGUAGUAUUGUAAUUGCCUGAAUAUCUUGUGGUUGCCCUCCCAAGAUCCUACAUGUUAGAUCACAACACUGGCUUAUGUUGUUGUUGUUACUGUUCUAUAUCCAGCUUGUUACGAUCGAGGCAUUAUUGUUGUUGUAAUGCCUUUUCUUGAUAAUCUAACAAAGGAACUGAAUGAUCUUACUUUCCAAAAUAUGAUCUUAGCAGGAUCUAUAAUGAUCUUACUUUCCAAAAUAUUUUUUUAUAUGUUUAUGUAACUUGGCAAGCACAAGGAUUUUUUUUCUAAUAAAAUUUUUCUAUAUAAAAUGGGUACUGUCACUAAAUUUGUAAACUAGGGGGCAGGGCUAGAUAAAUAAAGCAAGAUUAGCAUAUUUUCCCUGCAAUCGUGUCAGGCUGUCAGCUGUAUGCUGUUGUUGUUAAGACAAAGGAACAUCUCCCUUAGAUUGUCAUAGCUGAACAUAUUUUUCUGAAUGAGCAGCUUAGCCAAGAUUAACACAAGGAUUAUAUAUCCUAAAUAUAUUCAGAUCCUCUACCCUACAAAAGCUUAUAUUUAUGGUGAUCUUUAGUAAUCAUGUUGUUUAUGUUCCUCCUGUGCUUAUUACUAACUGUUGUUUCACAAGAUGUUUGAGUUCUCUUUGUUAAUUUCUGUUGUUUUGGAGCUGGUGGUGUUUGACUUGGUCGCCUUUGUGGAUUGGACCUUUCUGCUGAUGCUAUUUUUGGGUAUCAAUGUGUUAUUAUCCGUUUUUCAGCUUCUUUGGGUCGCGCCUGCUAAAAUGAAGAAGGAUAAAAUAUCAGAGCAUCUACCUAAAGAUCAGGAACUUGCUAUCAGUUAUGGUGUUUUUUUGAAGAUACUAGCUCAUCCUAACGACGCCAUUGGAAAAGUGUUUGGAUCUGAAAAUUCUGGAUAUGUGAGUGGUUUAGGUGGUAAUGUUUGUCCUUCAAAAGCUUUUCAAAUGUAUAGAAAUAGUCAUGUGAAUCUUGGUAGCUCAAGCAAUAUAUCUCAUCAACAUGUUGAAGACUUUGAGAAACAGGCAGAAACCUUGAAAGAAAAGUUGACCGGAUAUGAAGAGACCCAAGAAAAACUUAUGCAAAAUGAGAAUCACUUGGCAACGCUUCAUAGAUUUUUACAAUCUAAAUUUGGUAGCGAAUUGCCUACUUUGAACUAAUCUUCUUAGCCUCUACUAUUUUGUGAAACAAACGAUAGAUAUGGUGUUUCUUUAACUUUUAACAUUUGUAUUUGUGGUAUCUUUUAUAAAUAUUUAAGGUUUGGACCUUAUCUUUUAUGACAA